GUUACUGGCGGGGGGAGGGUGGGGUUUGAAGGAAGCGGAAGUGUCCGUGCAAGCGGAAGUGGUACUGCCCUGAAUAUCCCGAGCAGCGAGACGGAGGACAGAGAGAGACUGCCAUCGUCCACAGAUAAAAGCAGGAAUCAAAGUACAUUAAUAAUCGCGGACAUGGACAGGAGCGACCUGGUGCAGAAGGCGAAGCUUGCCGAGCAGGCCGAGCGCUACGACGACAUGGCGGCGGCCAUGAAGGCGGUGACCGAGCAGGGGCAGGAGCCGGCCCACGAGCUGUCCAACGAGGAGCGCAACCUGCUCUCCGUGGCCUACAAGAACGUGGUGGGCGCCCGCCGCUCCUCCUGGAGGGUCAUCUCCAGCAUCGAGCAGAAGACCGAGGGCAACGAGAAGAAGCAGCAGAUGGCGCGCGAGUACCGCGAGAAGAUCGAGAAGGAGCUACAGGACAUCUGCCACGACGUGCUGGGCCUCCUGGAGAAGUUCCUCAUUGUCAAUGCAACUCAGGCAGAAAGCAAGGUGUUCUACCUGAAAAUGAAGGGAGACUACUACAGAUACCUGUCUGAAGUGGCAUCUGGGGACGACAAGAAACAAACGGUGGAAAAUUCACAGAGUGCCUACCAGGAGGCUUUUGAUAUCAGCAAGAAGGAUAUGCAGCCAACACACCCCAUUAGACUGGGCCUAGCUCUCAACUUCUCAGUCUUCUACUAUGAAAUCCUCAACUCCCCGGAACAGGCCUGCAACUUGGCAAAGCAGGCCUUCGAUGAUGCGAUUGCCGAACUCGACACCUUAAACGAGGAUUCUUACAAAGACAGCACCCUGAUCAUGCAGCUUUUAAGGGACAACCUCACUCUGUGGACAUCAGAAAACCAAGGCGACGAGGGAGACGCCGGCGAAGGGGAGAACUAAAGCCGCCGCACCUCACCAUUAAUCCACCCAACACUCUUUAUCUCACACUUACACAGCCCAUACGUCCCCACCCACCCGGCUUCCCUUCUGUACGGCCCCACAGCGCUCUGUACCCGACCCGGGCCCCAGGAGCUGGGCAAAAAUGCAGACCGGCCCCGCUCUCCGCAUGCUAGCUCCAGCUCAGUACCCCAGUUUCCUCUGGCGGAAACGCUAUAUAUAUAUAUAUAUAUUUUUUAUCCUCCCAAAAACAAUUCCUAAUUUUGCAGAAUAGUUUUUUUUUUUUUCCUUUUUCUUUCUUUCUCCUGGUAGUUUGCGUGUUACCAUGUCCCUUUUUUAUUUGGUAGUUACUUUUUUUUUUUUUUUUCCCUUUAAGUAUACUAGCAUUUACAGGUUUAAUUCCAAGGUUAUGAAACUGGCAGUUUCUUUUCACCAAACACUGUGAUGCUCAUCUGUACCUUCCAUCUCCUUCGUACACACACGCAAAUAAUAUAUAUGUAGAGAGAUGGUGUUACAAAGGUAAUUCGGUGUGUAAAAUGUGAUUGGGUACAGUACAAUUAUGCUGUGGGCUCGUACAGAAUGGUACAGCAGGCUGUAUUGUGACACUGACUAACGUGCAUAUUGCUGUGUGACGUUCAUCUUUUUGUUUUAUAUGAAACAAAUAAUAAAAAGGGACCCUAGGUUUGCCAUUCCAAUCUGUCCAGUUUUUAAAGCAUUCCGUCAGAACAACAUUAAUACUGAAAAAACGGACCUUUGAACAGACGAGCGUCAUUCUAAUCUGCUGUCCAAGAACAGCCGAAACAAUGGUGCUGUUUGCCAUCAGUACAGAACCUUGUUCUUGAACGUUUUUUUUCCCCUUUGCGUAACAGUAUCUCUUCAGCGAAACAUUAAAUUGUAAAUUGUAAACAUUUUUUAGGAGUAAAUAUAAAUCUGUCUAAAAAAUUUAUUGUCGUGAACCUGCUUGCAAUGAAACACCUUAAAGCCGUUGCUUUUAAUUUCUCUCCCAUCUGUUUUUCAAGCCUCUUAAAGGCCUUAUGCUGACUAUUCAAACUGACCAAUCAAUUUCUAUUUCCUAAACUAAGACUGCUUUGAUUAUCCACGGUAGCACAUUUCCAAACGUGAGAUCUGGAAGGUUUGAGCUAAGUGUCUGCAUUGGGUGUCCAGAAAAUGUUUUUUGUCUUAUUUUAUAUGUCUUAAAUUUGCAAAUGAAGGAUUGAAUCUGUGACCAAGAUGGCCAUCAUCUUGUUGGCGCUUUUUUGAAGUCAUUACACAAGUCAUUACUUUUUUUGAAGUCAUUACAUAUUUGAAGUCAUGUCAAUCGGUUUGGAGUAGAUCAAGGACCUGGAAAUAUGAAGUUUUUAAUUCACUCAGUGUCACAAUACCUUGCCAUUGCCAUUGCAUUCCACUUAGGUGUAGAAGUCAUGUCUCAGUCCAUCUCGCUGAAGACUAUGUUUUCAUGCACUGAAGAGAAAUCUCCCCUUUAGCUGAACAAAAUGGCAGUUAAUCUACGCUUGAUAAAAUUCAGUAGUGAAUGUGGAGCCGAAUCUGUCUGUAUAUCUGGUAUAUCUUCUUGCUUUGUUUUUACUGACCAGUAUUCCGCCUAAGUCUGCUUCUGUGACGGUUCUAUCGCCUAGCGCGCACGUGGUUGUGAAAAUUUAGAAUAGCUCAAAAAAAAAGAAAACUAAAAAGACAAAAAAAGAAAUACCUGGUUAUUGACGUAAUACUAGAUUUGUGUAUGUCUUUUAAAACGGUUCUAGUUUCACCUUACAUGUAAUAAUCAGGAAAGUGUAAAAGACAAUUUAAAGUGAAAUAAAAGUUUUAUCAGUUCCAAA